CAGCUGAAACGCCAGCGCUGAAACCGCACACGCCCUUUUUUGGUCCUCGGCGGUCGCCGUAGCACGCAGUUCCACAACGUGCGAGCUGCGGAGCGGAGACUUUUGGUUCCUACAGGAAAAAGCUGCUGCUUUCGCCGACUCGACAAACUUUGUUUGGAUCUACACGGGACAAUCAUGGCAGAAAAACAAGAGAUGUCUCCAAUUGAAAUGAAAGUGGCACGACAAGUAGAGUACUACUUCGGAGAUCACAAUCUUCCGAGGGACAAGUUUCUCAAAGAACAGCUGCAGGUUGAUGAUGGCUGGGUGACUCUGGAGACGAUGCUCAAAUUCAACAGACUGAAGUCUUUAACUGCUGAGAGCAGCGUCAUCGUUGCAGCUCUGCAGAAAUCAAAGACUGGCCUCUUGGAGAUCAAUGAGGACAAGACAAAAAUAAGGAGGUCUCCAGAUAAGCCCUUACCUGAACUGAAUGAAGAAUAUAAAGACACUCUGAAAAACAAAUCUGUGUAUAUAAAAGGUUUUCCUCUUGAAACAACCCUUGAUGAGAUUCAGGAGUGGUUGAAUGGGAAAGGAGCCAUAGAAAACAUUCAAAUGAGAAGAAAUCUGCAAAGACAGUUCAAGGGAUCAGUGUUCAUCUGUUUUGAAACAGAAGAGUCGUCCAAGCAGUUCCUUGAACGUUCAGACAUAAAAUCCUUCAAGGACAAUGAGAUGCUUGUGUUAUCGAGGGAAGACUACCAUGCAAAAAAGGCAGAAGAGCGAAAACUGUUCAAAGCAGAGACAAAAGCAAAAGCUAGACAAGACAAGGAGCAACAGCAGAAACAUGCAGAAGAUAAAGAAAUGGGUCUGCUUCUGGAUGAACAGACGGGUUGCCUGCUGAAGUUUUCAGGAGAGCUUGAAGAUGUUUCAAGAGAGGACUUUCAUGAAUUGUUCUCUGGCCAUGGAAAGAUAAAGUGGGUUGACUUUACUAGAGGGGCCAAAGAGGGCACCCUCCUUUUCGAUGGAAAUGCAAAGGAGGCAUUCGACAAGGCCAAGGAGGCAAACGGAGGAGAGUUGAAGAUCAAGAAAAACAGCGUUACAUGGCAGGUGAUCGAGGGAGAUGAGGAGAAAGAGGAACUGAAGAAGAUCAUCGAAGCUCAACAAGAAUCAUACAACAGGUCCAGAGGCAGAGGAGGCAGAGGAAGAUCAGGUGGCAGAGGAGGAAGAGGAGGACGAAGGGGGAGAGGUGGCAGGGAUCAUGGCAGGAAUCAGUACCAAGGCAAAAAGACGAAAUUUGAUAGUGAUGAUGAGGAUGCACCUGCAGCCCCAAAGAGAGAACGAGAAGAUGCUGAUGGCCCUGCAGCAAAGGUUGCCAAAACUGAAAACGGAUCUUAGUCACAAGGUCACACCCGGAGUUUUUUCUUUUGAAACAUUUAUUAUAAACAGUUAAAAUGCAGAGACAACUUAAAUCCAUUCCAGUGAACGCUUCAGGGUUUGGAGAAUCGUAGGAAAUCCACCUGGAUGUCGACCUAGAGAACAAUUUGCGAUGAUUGGCAUCAUUUUUCAGCCUUUUAAGUCCCUGUAUUAUAUUGUGCCUCUGACAUUGUGUACCUUUGUUUGUAAGAUGAUUUGAUUUUAUCAUAUUCAACAUGAAGACAGUCAUUUAAUUUCACUGGAACAUUUUAGUUGGGUUUUGUGAGGCCUGUGUGACAUCUAGCGUCUGUGUGCCACUGUUUUUUUUCCCCUUUAUAGAAUUCCUACAUUGAGAGAAUAUCUGCUUUGCAAAUUUUUUUAUGUUUGCAUAUGUGAAUAGCAAAUAAACAUUUACAAAAACGA